AUUUAUGGAUGUGGCCAUAGAAUUCUCUCUGGAGGAGUGGCAAUGCCUGGACACUGCUCAGCAGAAUUUGUAUAUGGAUGUGAUGUUAGAGAACUACAGAAACCUGGCCUUCCUGGGUAUUGCUGCCUCUAAGCCAGACAUGAUCACCUGUUUGGAGCAAAGAAAAGAACCCUGGAAUGUGAUGAGACAUGAGCUGGUAGCCGAACCCCCAGUUGUAGGUUCUUUGUUUGCCCAAGAUCUUUGGCCAAAGCAGGGCAUAAAAAAUUAUUUCCAAAAAGUGAUACUGAGAAGAUAUAAAAAAUGCAGACAUAAAAAUUUACAGUUAGGAAAAUGUGGUGAAAGUGUGGAUGAGUGUAAGGUGCACAAAGAAUGUUACAGUGGACUCCAGUGUUUGACAACUACCCAGAGAAAAACAUUUCAAUGCAACAAAUUUGUAGUCUUUUAUAAAUUUUCAAAUUCAAACAGACAUAAGAUAAGACAAACUGGAAAAAAGCCUUUCAAAUGUAAAGAAUGUGAAAAGUCAUUUUGCACGGUUUCACACUUAGCUCAACAUAAAAGAAUUCAUACUGGAAAAAGACAUUACAGAUGUAAAGAAUGUGGCAAAGCAUAUAAUGAGGUCUCAAACCUUUCUACAUGUAAAAGAAUUCAUAGUGAAAAGAAACCCUACAAAUGUGAAGAAUGUGGAAAAACCUUUAACCUGCUCUUAUACCUUACUACACAUAAGAUAAUUCAUACUGGAGAGAAACCCUACAGAUGUGUGGAAUGUGGAAAAGCUUUUAACCAAUCUGCAAGCCUUAAUGCACAUAAGAGAAUUCAUACUGGAGAGAAACUCUACAAUUGUGAAGACUGUGGGAAAGCUUUUAACCAAUCUGCACAUCUUACUACACACAGGAUAAUUUGUACUGGAGUGAAACCCUACAAAUGUGAAAAUAAUUGUGGCAAAGCUUUUAGCCAUUCCUCAACCCUUACUACACGUAAGAUAAUUCAUUGUGGAGAGAAACCCUACAUAUGUGAAGAACGUGUCUUAGCCCUUAACCAGUCCUCACACCUUACUAGACAGAAGAUGAUUCAUAACGGAGAGAGACCCUACAAGUGUGAAGAAUGUGGCAAAGCCUUUAACUGGUCUUCACACCUAACUACACAUAGAAUAAUUCAUACUGGAGUGAAACCCUUCAAAUGUGAAGAAUGUGGCAAAGCUUUUAUCUGGUCCUCACACCUUACUAGACAUAGAGUAAUUCAUACUGGAGAGAAACCCUACAAAUGUGAAGACUGUGGCAAAGCUUUUAGCAAUCCCUCAAACCUUACUACACACAGGAUAAUUCAUACUGGAGAGAAACCAUACAAAUGUGAAGAAUGUGGCAAAGCAUUUAACCGGUCUUCAAACCUAAUUACACAUAAAAGAAUUCAUACUGGAGUGAAGCCCUACAAAUGUGAAGAAUGUGGCAAAUUUUUUAACCAAUCCGGACACCUCAUUUCACACAGGAGAAUUCAUAUUGGAGAGAAACCCUACAAAUGUGAAGACUGUGGCAAAGCUUUUAGCAAUUCCUCAACUCUUACUAAGCAUAAGAUAAUUCAUAAUGGAGAGAAGCCCUACCAGUGUGAAGAAUGUGGCAAAGGUUUUAGCCGGUCCUCACACCUUACCAGACAUAGGAUAAUUCAUACUGGAGAGAAGCCCUACAAAUGUGAAGACUGUGGCAAAGCUUUUAGCCAUCGCUUAACACUUACUACACACAGGAUAAUUCAUACUGGAGAGAAACCCUACCAGUGUGAAGCAUGUGGCAAAGCCUUUAACCGGUCUUCAAACCUAGCUACACAUAAAAGAAUUCAUACGGGAGUGAAACCCCACAAAUGUGAAGAAUGUGGCAAAACUUUUUACCAAUCCGGACCCCUUAUUUCACACAGGAGAAUUCAUACUGGAGAGAAUUCCCAAAAAUGUGAAGACUGUAUCAAAGCUUUUAGUGAUUCCUCAACUCUUACUAUGCAUAAUUCAUAA